GCCGCUCCCAUUGGGCCUUUGGAGUCCCUUGCCGCUUGCCGCUUGCCGCUCAUGUCAUAAACGGCCAUGGAGCAGCCGCAAGGCGCCUUCCGGCAGCGCAGGCUUCUGACGAAGCGGGGCUGCUGGUUCGGGCGCACCGUGAAGCGCUGGUGCCAGGUGGAGCGAGAUGAACUGGUCUACUACGCGACCCAAGACUCCGCAGAGCCCCGGGGGCGCGUGUCUCUGUCGGAGUGCACGCUUGGCCGGGAAUCCGAUCAGCUGGAGAUGUGGCCCAAGGCGCAAGCCUCCCCAGCGGGCACGCUGCAGCUGGUUCGCCCGGGCAAGGGCCCGCUGCUUCUGUCGGGUCCAGCGGAGGAGCUCGAGGCUUUGGCAUUGAGGAUCCGAAGUCGGAGUCUGGCGCAACUGCCCGAGCUGCCGGCCUCACCCACCAUGCCGGAGGUGCCAGCCUCGGCGGAGGUCCUGCCCUACCGGCCGGCUGGGCCGGCCGCGGAGCCCUUGGCACGCAUUUGCUCCCGAAACUCCGAGUGGUCCGCGCAGGUGCCAGAGGAGUUGGAGCAUUCCCCUUCACGGAGCAAGGUGCGGCAGUCCCAAGCGCCAGUCUUCCAGGAGGUGGUGCAGAGCCUGGGCCCAAAGUUGGCCUUCCGGAAGGCGAUGGAGCUCAUGUGGAACUACGACUUGGAGGCUGCUCAUGUGCUGCUUCACCCAUGGCGGAGCUCGGUGAUUUGGCAUGCCACCGCCUACGCAGAGUGCUCGCUCCUUCGGACGGUGCUCACGGGGAGGAAGAGCGACGCCCUGGCCACGCUGGAGUUGAUCAAAGUGGCGGAGACUCUGCGCCUUGACUCCGGCGACAAGGCCCCGGAGCUCGCGCAGGAGGUGCUCUCCGCGGAGCUGCUGCUGAUGCGCAGCGUGCUGCAGGUCAUGCUGGGGCUAAGGCUCCGGGCUUUGUACAACCUGCGGCAGGCUUGGUACGCCUACUAUCGCCUGGAGUCCUCUCUGGAUCCCCAACACUUGCGGCAGUGCUCGCAGGAGGUGACGUGCCUGAGCAGCUACGAGGACCUGCGGGGGCGGAUUUUGUUCGGCUUGGGCUUCUUCUACAUGGCCGCCUCCUUGGUACCUGCCUCCCUGGUGCCCCUGGUGCGCCUGGCCGGGUUCCUGAUGCACCGGCAGAAGGGCAAGGCCUACCUCUUCGAGGCCGUCGAGGGGAACUUGGGCUCCCGAAGCGCUGGGGCGGCCAUUCUGCUGGCCAUGUACCACCUGGACUUGGAACCCGACAUGAAGCACGCGGGCAACAUUCUGAUCGCAAGCCUGGGGCGGCAGCCAGAGAAUGCUCUACUGCACUGGGCAGGCUCCUUGCUGGCCUGGCGAAACACCUUCAUGUCGCAGGCUGUGUCCAUCACUGGCAAAGCGCUCUGGUGCUGUGGGGAGGAACUGGGGGAAAAGGCGAUAUAUCUUAGAUAUGAGCUGGGAAUGUUUCACUUCAUCGAGAUGGAAUGGCACAAAGCCCACGAGCAUUUGAAUUGCGUCUACGCUUCAGUGAAUUCGGACAAGGUGUUUUUUCCCUACAGCACCCUGGUCACGACCCAGUUGGCUGCUGUGGCCUUCAGUAUGGGGCAGCAAGAGCACGGGGAGAGCCUUUGCAAGGAGUGCGCGGCGGUCCAGGACUGGAGCGGCCUGCUGAAGCUGGAGACGGACUUCGCGAAGGUUAUGCAGAUCUUUCUGAAACGGCGUCGGCAUGGGCGCCGGAUGCUGGCCUUCGAGGUGAUGUACUUCUUGCGGCAGUUCCCGAAGGUUCCGAGGCACAUGCUUCUCGCGAUCAAGGACACUGUCCAGAAGGUGAUGCCACCGGUCAGCGAGUCGAGUGAAGACACAGAGGGCAGCUCACUUGUGGAGUUGGCCAGCGCUUUGACAAUCCAAGUGGUGAUUUGCUUCUACUUGGGCGAUGCUGCUGCUGCCAUGGUAUUUGUCCCCGAACUCUCGGAGAUCUGUCCGCGGCUUCCUUCCUGGGCCACGUACCUGUCAGCUCAUGGCCUAUAUUGGUGCGGUCGUGUACUGGCGCUGAAUGAGCGCGAUCAGGAUGCGUACUCCUGCCUUCAGCUGGCGCGAUCUUACAAGAAGUAUCCAUUCAACAUCACUGUGAAGAUCUCGAAGGUCAUCACCCAGCACGAGGAGCACAUGGCCAUUGAGGCGAACUUGGUCAGCAGCUAGUGGCGAUGAAAGAUCGGCUCCGCUGGGGUCGGCUCAGCGGUUUUUUCCUCACUUUUUUUUGCACGAGCACGUCCACAAGGCUGGGUGUGCCGCCUGGCCGUUUCAGCUUAGCGGGACCCCCCGAGAUUUCUUU